AUGAUAUCCGUCACCCAGGUAGUCCUCUUACUCUCCGUGAUAGGAGCUGUAGGACUCUUGACGGUCUACGGAGCCGUGGUGAUUUUCUCCCACACCCCACGCAGGGUAGUGGCGUCGGAAUUGAAGUACAAGACCACGGGAGACGAAGAAGGAGAAUUACCUCCCACCGCCAACGCGGGCAUCAAGAGAGACCAUGAGGGUAUCGUGUUGAGUGUGGUGAUCCCGUGCUACAACGAAAGAAAGAGAUUGGGCACCAUGUUGGACGAAAGUCUUCCGUUUUUGCAGCGCAAGUUCAGAAACCAAUACGAAGUGUUGAUCGUGGACGACGGCAGCAACGACGGUACUGGCGACUACGCGCUCCAAAAGGCAGUGGAGCACGGUUUAGCUCCCCACGUCAUGAGAGUGGUCACUUUGGCCCACAACAGGGGUAAGGGAGGAGCCGUGGCCCACGGUUUAUUGCAUGUUCGAGGCGAAUACGGAUUAUUUGUGGAUGCUGACGGAGCCACCCAGUUCAGCGACCUUGAUGGGUGGACUGACCAGUUGGGCACCACCGCCCCGGGGGUGGUGGUGGGCUCACGUGCCCACAUGGUCAAUACUGAUGCUGUGGUCAAGAGAACGUUCAUCAGAAACUUGUUGAUGCGUGGGUUGCAUGUGUUGGUUUACAUCUUCGGGGUCAGAAGUGUGAGGGACACCCAGUGCGGAUUCAAAUUGUUCAACUACGACGCCAUCCGCUUGAUCUUCCCCAACUUGCACAACGAGAGGUGGAUUUUUGAUGUGGAGGUGUUGUUGUUGGCCGAGAUGCAGGGCAUUCCAAUCACUGAAAAUGCGGUUUGCUGGAAGGAAAUCGACGGCUCCAAGGUCAACUUGGCCAAGGAUUCCAUUGACAUGGCCGUGGAUUUGGUCAUCACCCGGCUUGCGUACUUGUUUGGGAUCUAUAAGGUCGAGGGCAAAAAGGAUGUCUAG